CGAGCGAAGCUCAGCCCAGGUGGGAGGGACUGGGCUCCCAUUAAAUCCAAGGCUCCCAGAGGACCGAGUCCUUCACGGACCCACCCUUGUGCUGAGUUUAAGAGCUCAAGGUGCUGUUGGAGGUGUUGCUGCAGGAGAGGGGACAAGCGGCUGCAGUGCAGAUUCUUCUGCUGCUUGAGACUGGAGUGAAGGGGUCCGAAGUCCUUGGCGGAGAGAAGGAAGAGGGGAGGACGAGGAGGAGAUUUCCCUUGGACUCUAAAGCCAUCAAAGCAGGAAGCCAAAGCAUGUCCCAGGUCAUACAAAGCCACGUGCUGCGCGUUGGACAGACUGUGUGCGUUUCCUCACGGGAGGAGAGCAAGAGCUUGCACCCAGCCGGGUACCAGGGCUGCUCGGCGCUGCCCGUGCAGUGCCCCUACUACUCCACGGAGGGCUGGGCUGACCCGCCGGCCAUGGUGCACACCAACACACGCGUGCUGCCCCAUGGGGGGCUCUACAGAGCCCACCCUGUGUUUGAGCACAUGGCUCCAAAGGAGACCCCUUUGGAGAGAGCGCAUCAGCCAAAGGAGGAGGAGAGCCCCGGUGUGGAUCUGGAGGCUCGCCUGGGGUCUCCUACCUUGGACAUAGAGAGCCUCAACAGGAUGAUCCUAGAAAUCGAUCCAACCUUUCAGCCGCUCCCGUGCAAGCCAGCGAAGGAUGCAGUCCAAGCUGCUCCUCAGGGUGACACUGCUGCUACCAAGAAACAGGAUCCAGAGGCAAUAGACAUCAAGUACAUAGAGAUGACGCCAGGCAGAGCCACAUGUCCCGAGCGGCUGCAGGGCUCCCCCAGCCCUUCGGGCACCCCGUUCUCGAGGUCCCCCCAGGGCAACGGUUUCCUGUCCCAAAAAGGGGGGCUCAGAGGCAACUACAGCACCAGUGGCAGCGUGGUUUUCUCCAGCCCAUCCAGCCCCAGGCCAACCUCUGCAGCUUCCCCACCCCACAGCAGCGCAGCCGAGUGCGUGGCCGUGCCCCAUCAGUGCCGGACCGAGAGCAUCUCCUAUGGCCCCGGCACCCCCGGCACCUCCCCGGGCCUCGACAACCUGCUGAAGCCGGUGCACGUGGUGAGGGCUCAGCAGAGGAGCAGCCGGGUGUCCCUGCUCUCCACCAGCCCUGGCUCGGACACCAGUUACAUCCUUGGAAGCAGCACCUACUCGCUCCACAAUGACGACUCGGAUGCUCACCCCACUGCUUGCCUCUCCGCUGACUGCCCGUCUCCUGCCAGCUCCCUGGGCAGCCCCUGCCCACCUUCCCCAAGCAUCACCUCUCACUCGGGAGAAGCUUUUGGCCUGAGUCCCCACCAGCCCAGGGCAGACUCCUCCACCAAAGCCAGCACCUCCCCAUCCCAGAAGGGACAGGCCAGCAGCUGCCCCCCCUCCAUCCUCAGCUCCUCAGCCGACAUCCCGGUGCUGCUGGUGAACGGGUGCCUGGAACAAGGGGAUGCAUCUUCCAGGCCGGCCAAAGCCCCCCCAGCCUCUGUCAAGCAGGUCCCUGCUCCCACCUGCAGCCCAUCCUCAGGGCUCGGUGGCCUGAACACCGCGCUGUCGGCACCAGCACUCUCCUGCAGCCCAGACAGUCCCCCCAGGGCUGGGCAGCCCACCAUGAAGUUUGUGAUGGACACAUCGAAAUACUGGUUCAAGCCGAGCAUAACUAGGGAGCAAGCGAUCCAGCUGCUGAAGGACAAGGAGCCAGGCACGUUCGUGGUGCGGGACAGCACGUCGUACCGCGGCUCAUUCGGGCUGGCCAUGAAGGUUCUCGUGUCUCCAUCCGGCAGCCAGACAGGCGAUGAGAGCAGUGACCUCAUCCGGCACUUCCUCAUCGAGUCCUCUGCCAAAGGGGUGCACCUGAAAGGAGCCAGCGAGGAGCUGUAUUUCGGGAGCCUCUCUGCCUUCGUGUACCAGCAUGCCAUCACGCCGCUGGCACUGCCCUGCAAGCUCAGCAUCCCCACCCGAGAUCUUGCUGAUGGAGAAGACAGCCCUGACUGUGCUCCGGAAUCCACCCUGGCCUUGCUGAAGAAGACUGCUGUGUGCAACGUCUUGUACCUCAACUCGGUGAGCACGGAGACGCUGACGGGAGCCCCGGCCAUCCAGAAAGCCAUCUCCUGCACCUUCGAGCUGGAGACGCUGCCCACACCCACCCUGGUGCACUUCCGAGUGACGGAGCAGGGGGUGACGCUGACGGACAUCCAGAGGAAGGUGUUCUUCAGGCGACACUACCCCUUGGCUGCCAUCAGGUUCUGUGGGAUGGACCCUGAGAACAGAAAGUGGCAGAAGUACUGCAAGUCCUCCAGAAUCUUCGGGUUCGUGGCCAAAAGCCAGACGGAUUCGGAGAACCUCUGCCACCUGUUUGCAGAGUACGACGCUGUGCAGCCCGCGUCCCUUGUCAUCGACCUGCUCUGCAAGCUCCUGCCGGGCCCAUAGAGCACAGGAACCCUGGGACAGCUCAGGCCCCAUCGCUCUGAGCUUUCCCUGCUCCCCUUUUCCUGCUUCUAGGUUGCAUUUUGGCAACGGCUCGUAUUUAUAUCUGUAUUUUUGUUACAUACCAGAACGUCAAGAGCCUCGGUUAAAGAUUUUCAUGCUCUGGUGAGACAAAAUGUUGCUCCAGGGACCCUCCUUUUGGGGCAUCGCAGGAUGGGAGCUGGGCUCCCGUAUGGAGCUGCUUUGCCUCCCUCACUGGGCACGCACCAUUCCAUUGCUCUGGAGCAGUGGAAUACUCCGGCUGAGGUCUCUACUGGCACUCGGGGUGUCCAAGCUGAGGCAGGAGCUGA